GUAAACAAAUGUCACCAGAUAACACGAAUCCCAAACUGGAACGCCGAUACAGGUCUUCAUGUCUAUGGUCAUGACGCUGACCUGAAUAACCUCACUGACUGAGUUACCACACUGUGUAACGUUAACGUUAUUUGCUGCCACUGCCGCGUCGCUUGAUUUUCCUGAAGUGGACUCUACAGCGGAUCUGGGUAGGAUAUCUUUUUUCUAACAGUUUGCAGGUUUGAACGCUUGAACUACAAUGUUCUCCUUCAGAGCUUUGAAAAAAUACAGAAGAGGUGUCGCUAUUCUCUGGAAGCGAACAAACACUCAGAACACGACCCGGAAACUCGAUAUAGGAGGCAUUUAUCCACCAAUCGCUACCCCAUUUACAGAGAAGGAAGAGGUGGACUAUCAGAAGCUGGAUGAAAACCUUCAGAAAUAUUCAAAAAUUCCAUUUAAAGGCCUGGUGGUACAGGGUUCGAACGGGGAAUACCCCUAUCUGAGCGUCGACGAGCGUCUGGAGGUGGUCAGGAGGGUCAGAUGCAUUCUUCCCAGUAGCAUGCUGCUGAUGGCAGGAUCUGGCUGCGAGUCCACCAGAGCCACGGUGCACAUGACAGAAGGGAUGGCCCAGGCGGGAGCUGAUGCCGUGCUUGUUGUGACGCCCUGUUUCUAUGGUGGCAGGAUGAACAGCCAAGCACUUAUUCACCAUUACACUAAGGUGGCGGAUGCGAGUCCAGUUCCUGUGGUUCUGUACAGCGUUCCAGGCAAUACAGGCUUAGAGCUGCCUGUGGACGCAGUCAUCUCCCUGUCUCAGCAUCCAAACAUUGUGGGACUUAAAGACAGUGGGGGAGAUAUCACAAGAAUCGGUCUCAUCAUUCACAAGACAAGAUUGGAAGACUUCCAGGUCCUGGCAGGUUCUGCAGGAUUCCUCAUGGCCGCAUACUCUGUUGGUGCAGUUGGGGGUGUGUGUGCUCUGGCCAAUGUGUUGGGAGAGGAGGUUUGUGACCUGGAGAGACUCUGCCUGAUUGGCCACUGGGACAAGGCCAGGGAGCUACAGCAUCGCCUCAUCGAGCCCAACACAGCAGUGACCAGGAAGUAUGGCGUGGCAGCCCUCAAGCAAGCGAUGGAAUGGUUUGGUUACCAUGGCGGUGCCACCCGCUCACCUCUGCAACCUCUCUUGCACACAGAACUGCAACAACUCCGGAUGGAUUUCUCCUCCAAUGGUUGGCUGUGACUAGACAGGAAUGGGCGGAUAUCUGCACUGACUGCCAUUUGAGUUGUUCCCAACAGAACAGAACCCUUUAAGCAUACAGUUAAUAUUACUGAAUUGAGGAAUAUUAUAAAGGUGAAAGUAAUUUCUCUGACUACUUUGGAUAUACAUAUAUAUCCAAAUCUAAACUCUUUAAAUUACAUUUCAUGAUGAAAGGUCAAUAACCAGACAGAACAUAACGACAGUGAUUGAAAGAUUGUGAGGCGCCCUUUUGAUAUCAAAUACAUCUGUGUUGAAGUUAAGUGUUUAGUAAAAAUGACUCAUGUAAAUAAGGCAAUAUGUUAUAUAGUAUAUGUUAUAUAUAUAUAUGUUAAUAUAUCCUGCCCGAGAACAUGAGACACGAUACAAACAUGUGCUGUGACGCAUGGUCACCUCAUCUCUCAAAUGAUAUUUUUAGGAACACACCCUUUUGUUGCCCUGAAACCUGGGGUCAAGAGGCAGCUGAUGAGUAAACUGCAGUGAAUUAUCGUAAAACUUCCAAUAAGGACGUAAACGUAUGCCUCUUAAAAUCACCAUAUUGGCAUUUAUUUGAUAGAAUCAGUCUUUUGUAAACACCAAGUAGAAUUGUCUAAUCGGUCCAAUUGCUGGUCUAAAAAGUCUCAAAUCAUUGGAAAACUGUUGUUUAUCCUCAGCUCAAGCAAAAUGGAAAAUGAUUAUUGUUAAUGUAUGAUCCAUGUUCCAUUAUAUUGAACCUGCUAGGCCCUCCUAUAGGCUACCCCACCACCGGUUAAGUGGUGGGUCGUAUAUAAAGCUAAUUUUACCUCAGUAAAGCCCUGCCAGUAUUAAACAUCAGAUGAAUAGUCUAUUGUGCACCUCUACAGUAAAAACUGGCUUUGAUUUGUGUAUUUGAUGAUCGUUAUCUCUGUACCUUUACCAAUGGUUUAGGCUAGUCCUCUACUCAAGUAGGAGACUGCUAGGUUAGCUUGCUGGAUGGACCAGUUAGUGACCUAGUUCAUUUACAGGUGCUUAUCAGGGGCGAUCAUCAUCAAGUGGGUCUCACAAGUCUGUUACUGUUACUGCUUUUUCCUGGAAUAAACUCUGCAUUAACCAUUA